CUGUGACCACUGGCUAGUAAAAUAAAAGCAGUCCACUGAACCUGAUUGUAUUGCUUCCAGAAAUUAUCAAAGAAGUAGUAACUUUAUUAAGUAUCAGUUUUUACAGCUAAUUUUACAUCACAUCUGACUGGAGAUGAACAACAGACCUUAGGAGAGAGUUCUUAGGACUUGGCAUUUUGCAAAUUUGCCAGCCUCCAUUCCUAUAUAUAUAAAGCUAAAAUCUGGUUUCAUCUAUUUAGAUGAAAAAAAAUGGUACUAUCUCUGUUUUUCAAGGAUCUCUGAAAACAGCUAUAAUUCCUACAAUCUAGAAAUUCAAAGACCACUCCCAAAGAAUUGGAGUGUUUUCUUGACUUUUUUCCCUUUGCAUCUCUGAAAACUUGGACAAAAUCAGGUUUAGUCAACCUCCUGUGACCUGUUCUCACAGAAAUGAUCUUAUGAUUCUGGAAUUGCGAUUUCGAAUGUAUGUGCCUACCCCAGUGUCUGGUAUUAUAUUACAUCAGCAUGAAAAUUAGCCCAGGCCUAAGGAGCCGGCCAACUUCAGAAGCCUUCUUCAUUGCUUGCCAUGUAAUACAUGAUAUGUAGAGCCUCUGACUUCAGCCAACAGACAUUUGGAGACCGUGUUGGCCCUAAGCAUAAGGUCUAAUCUAGCGUGUGUUUAGGUCUGAAAGCGAAUCAGAAAAAGCACUGGAGGGCACGUCACACAAUAAGAGCCCUAUAAAUUCAUCACCACUUGCAGCUUCUCUGGCAAACGACUGCUCAUAGCGGACUGCUCCACAUCUGUCCUCUGUGAUACACCUCCAGCUGGCAACUCCCACUCCUCUUUUCUGCCCUAAGAGAAAAGAGUGAGAGUGAGAGAAAUAAAAGGAGACGAGGAGAAGGGACAAAGAGUAGGAAAGAAGCAAAACCAUCACCGUCAUCACCCCCAAGUCCAAACCAUCAUCAGGAUCUAAUCGGGCAAUGUGAUUCAAGCCCUCGCCUGCUUUUCGGGGAACCUACAGCGUCUCCAUGCACUGCUGAGCCGCACCUCCGCAGCGCCCCUUUCUCCUUCGACCUCGCGUAGUUGUCUACUCCUGACAUCCACUCCCACCCACCACCCACCCCCUUCUCGGAAGUCUCACGCACGGUUGCCUCCUUUUUCUUUUCUUUUUCUUCUCCCUUUCCCAAUCCCUCCUCCCCCUUUCCACUUCAAGCCCGGGUGGUACGUGUGUGACUGUGGGCUCCCUCCCCUGUCUCCCAUCCCCACUCUCGUCUCUCCACCCCUCCCCCCUCCCCACCCCCAUUCCCAAUAUUCCCUCCCUUUCCCUCCCCCACGCCCCCGGGCCCAAACUCGGGCUCUCCUGGACCAGCCGCUGCUCCUGGAGCCCUGAUGUCUUCAUUGGACUCCCCGCAAGGGUUGAUGGGGUGUCUCGCUCAGCUUUCCAAGCAAGAGGAUCUCAGCUUCGGCAGCAGGAACAGCAGCGGCGGCGGCAGGGGCAGCAGCAGCAGCAGCAUCCUCCAGCCCCAUCUAGUGCUCCCAGGCGGCGCUCCCCCCGGCGCAGAGCGCUGCCGCGGCUGAGCUACUGAGCGGCUGGGACUCAAGCCAGCGAAGCCCGGAGAGCGGAGCGCGGAGAGCGCAUCGCGGCCGAGCGCAGCGCCGCGCAGCGGGGCCGUGUCUCCCCCCACCCAAGGCAGCAGCGGCUGCACUGACUUGGUCCUCUGGGGGUGGGGGGGAGCAGCAAGGGAGCUGUCGGUCACGGCGAUAUCCACAGCAGGAACAACUACCGCCGCCACCUCGGUCCUCCCCUCCGUUGGUUCUUCUCCGUACUGCUUCCAGCUGAGACUGCGAACUUUGCGUCCAGACCUACUUGGCGGGUCUCCGUGGUCCUGACCCCGGCCCCGAUGCGUUUUUUGGCUGGCACUCGGGUUUCCUGGGGUUAAUGUCCAACUGGGGGUCUACCGAGACCGGAUCAGAGGAGCCGCUGCUGGACGGGAAUUUAAGAUGAAGUUAUGGGAUAUUGUGGCUGUCUGCCUGGUACUGCUCCACACUGUGUCCGCCUUCCCACUGCCCGCUGGUAAGAAGCACCCCGGAGGGCCCGAAGAAGAGUACUCCCCCAACCGACUGGCUCCUUAUGCUGUGAGAAGUGACUCAAACAUGCCAGAAUAUUAUCCUGACCAGUUGGAAGAUGUUGUGGAUUUUAUUCACAACACAAUCAAGAGAUUGAAAAGGUCACCAGAUAAACAAGCAGAAUUGUUUCCCCGGCGGGAGAGGAACAGACAAGCUGGAGCAACCAAUGCAGAUAGAAGGAGGCAGAAGGGACAAAGGGGGAGGAACAGGGGCUGUGUCUUAACUGCUAUACAUUUAAAUGUGACUGACUUGGGUUUGGGAUACGAAACCAAAGAAGAAUUGAUUUUUCGAUAUUGCAGCGGAUCUUGUGAUGCAGCUGAGACCACAUACGACAAAAUAUUAAAAAAUUUAACCAAAAAGAAAAGGCUGAUGAGUGACAAAGUUGGGCAGGCCUGUUGCCGGCCCACCGCUUUUGAUGAUGACUUGUCAUUUUUAGACGAUAACUUGGUUUACCACAUACUGAAAAAACAUUCCGCUAAAAGGUGUGGAUGUAUCUGACUCUGUUUCCGGGAGACGGCUAUGUAUUGCAUUCCUGCUACAGCAUAAAGGAAGGGACCAAGGUUCCCAGGAAAUGUUUGCCCAGAAUGGAGAAUGAGGACCAAGGAUGGAGAUAAAGGAGGAGAAACAGGCAGAAGUCAGCCUUCGUGGGAGCCUGGUGGAGGAGAUCCAGCUACAGAUGACUGGAUAAGAGAGAGAGAACGGCCCUCUAGUUUCUACAGGAAAGCAACUUAAAGGCAAAUCACAAGCUCAGGGCCGGUGUUCCUGGAUGGAUGUUGCCACUGUCAUUUCAACUGGUACAAUCCACCAUCACCUAUCAUCAGCUUGGAAUGUGCUGAAAGGACACAACCACUUAGUCUCCUGUGGUUUGUUUUCACAUGUUUGAUUACACCAGUCAAACAAUGCUGGUGUAAACUCAUGUGGCAUUAAGAGUCAUUACUGAAAGUCAGAAAGUUUUUUUUUUCCUGUCACUCAGUUAGGGCAUACCUGCCCCUCCUCCCAUCUUUCCCCUCUCCCUUCCCCCCAAAUAUAUAUUAUACAUAAAACAAACACUAGAAACAGUCUUUUGACUUCAAAAUUGAGGCCUAAGGUAUACUUGGACAAGAACAUAAUGGUUGAUUAUUGAUCUUUAACAUAAUGUGUUAGAUGGGAAGAAUUUGGACAGAAACUAAUAGGCUGUAUUCACUGACUAAAGAAAACCUGAAAAUAUUUUCUUUACAUACUCUUGGAAACAGGAAAGGAGUUGUGGCUUUAAGCAGUAUGCAUUUCUAGGAAAGUGGGGGGGAAAACAAGCCCAGAUGCACCUCAGUGUACAAGGAGACAAACAGGUCUCUUUCAGUUUACAGCUGGACAAAUGUCACAUCAUCACUACAUUUAUGCUUGGUCACCAGUGGCCAGAUAGAGUACUUGAUGCAAUGCAUCCAUUUCAAAUACAGAAAUAUAUAGAAGAAUAUUUAUUGAGAUUUAAGUUAUUAUUAUUUAUUACAGUUCACUAAUGAGUUUUUUCCCCUUAUUUAUUAAAAUUUCUUUUCUAAAGGUGCCAAAGUAUAAUGUGCUUGCAAAAUACAAAGAAAGAAAAAGAAUCAGAUUGGGAACAAGGGUCCAUACUUUUAAAAAUGUUAACAGUUUUUGGAUAACUAAAAAAAAAAAUCACUUACUUUACCUUUUUCCAUAAAACUUCCUGGUUAAAUUCCAUAGAUCCAUUGUUUGCCAUUCAUUUGUUUAAAAACAAGCAGAGAAGCAUUGUUUGUAAGGGACCCCUAUACCCCUUUUCUCAGAUGAUUUCCACAGAUCAGUGAGCCGAGACCAGUGGCACUUGGCUUUUUUUCUCUGUUGUUGCAACACUGAACAAACAUGCCAUAAUUUUCACUCUAUGUUGUACUUAAGUUUUUUUUUUCCUUCCAUGUAUAUUUAUCUAUAAUAUGCAUAAAUAUGUAUAAAAGGUAUAAUGCCUUUUAGUAGUUAGUCCUGGAUUUUAAUGUUGACUAAAAGGUAAACAGUUUGCCAGAGUUUUGUUUAGAUUCACUAAGAGUCAUUCACACAAAUCUUCCCCCCAAAACAAAAACCCCACAAAAUAUAUUUUAUUUUUAAAAGGAUAUAUUCUGAGCUGGGAGCCAGGUGCUGACUAUUAUGAUCAAAACAGUCCAUCUUCCAGGAGGUAGAUUGUCCCAUUUUCCCCUAAAAGCUUUUUGACUACAACCUCAGAGCAGUAAGUAAUGACUUGUUCCUUUUAUAUAAAAUCCCUUCAUGAUAACACAACUCGACUGAGGAGGUCAGAGGCUUCUGGCCUAGCCACAAAAACAUGACUGGAUUGAAGUUCCCUAAAUAAUUCUGGAGAAUAGAGUAGAAUAAAGUAUAGGGUUAGCUAUCUUUGCCAGUGUCCCCUAAAGUAGGUUUUUCUGACAAGCUAAUCAGGACGUGCAUUUAUAGAAGAAAAAAAAAAACAUUGGCCCUUAUCUUGUGGCUUUUCGACUUUCUUUUCAUUUUUUUUCAGGAGAGAUUUCUUUUUUUAAGAAAAAGCAUCUAGCUAUUAAGUGAAAUGGUUUGAAAAGUGUUGGGAAUUCCAACUGGUUUCCAACCAAUUAGGCAUGCUUUUUUGUAAAUCAACCAGAUCAGCUACCUACACUAAUCUUUGUAAGACCUGAAUUUUCUUCUUUCCCUCCCCUGCUUUGCUCUCCCUGUACCUCCAGAUUGGAAGCCAAUUGGACAGGAUGGCCCCAUCUCUCCUAGCAGAAUGGGAAAACCAAGCUCUGUAGCUCUUAGAGGAGACAAAUCUGUUUGUUAAUUUACUGUAAGAAUUCAGAAGUGUACCCCCAAAAUUAUCAACUUUGUUCAGAUAAUAUUGACUGUGUGAAGACCAAAUGGCUGAUUAUUUUUUUAAGAUGCAGCCUAAAUUAGCUUCCAGCAUUAAAAUCAAAGCCAUUGUCUAACCUGGCUGCAACAUUUCAGGGAGUGCUGUGGGCACAUUCCCUGUGUCCCCUAUACAUCAUAAGCAAGUUUGAACUUUUGCAGAUCUAAAUACAGCUAAUCUACAAAAGGGUAAAGUUUGUGAUUUUUCAUCAUUAUCAUCAUCAAUAUUUUAAUUAUUAAUCAUUACCAUCUAAAAUAGGAGUGCACUUCUUUGGAAGCUCUGAUUUCACCUCUGAUCUAUGUCUCAGUCAUUUGUGUUAUACAACCAAAGUUCUCUACAAACUUUAUUUUUGUACAAUAUCAUUUUGUAACUUUUUACAAAUAAAAGCUCAUUUCUAUCGUU